GUGAUAUAUUUCCGUGUAACAUGUAUUAGCCGAUGCUUUCCGAAAAAUGUACCUGAGGCGGAAAUUUAAAAUUUUUGUACCAAGACUUUGAAUUCCUCGCCAGCCCCCAAGAUUUUAAAUAUCCGACUAACUCCUCUGCACAGACCACGCGGAAACUGCACGAGGACCUGCGCGUACAUGUGCUGGAGCAGAUCACGGAGAUCGAGGGGCUGCGCCAGAACGCGGAAAAUGGCCAAAAGGCUAUCCAGCUGCUUGAGACCCGCCUUCAAGGUACUAGAUCCGAGUUUUACUGUUGUUUUGAUAUAGCUCUUCCGGAUGCAUAAUAUGUGCCAUUCUGUCUCCGUACAGAAGAAACUGCCAAGCACUCCAAGUUUGACGAGCUGUCCGCUAGGGUCCAGGUGCUGGAGGCGGAAAAUGAAUCCCUCAAAGACUUUGUGAAGACCUCCGCCUCUCAGGAACAUCAAGCGAGGAAGGAGCUGCGCGAAAAACAUGCCCGCGACCUGGCGGAGCUGAAUGAAAAACUGGAGAAAAGCCAGGGCCGCGUGAUUUCCGUGAUAUCCAAGAACAAAGCUCUGGAAGCGGAGGCGGAGGCCAUUGACAAACUUAUCUUCCCAAGCCUUGGCUUCGAAUGGACAAAAGAGUCAAACCUUACGAGGACGGAGGCAUACGAUGAAGCGCGUAUAUCAAUUGACAAGUUAUUUGAAGCCUGUCGCGGAAUCGCCACGGCUCUGUCUCUGAAGAAGGCCAAAACCACAGUCAUCGAUACGAUGACCAAACUUAUGGGACUGGUGCCGGAGUUCAUCAAGGACUGGCAGAGUUCUUCAGCACGCGGAGUCGCCUCCCUAGUCUUAGCCACCUGCAAGGCUCACUUCCCCUCGCUCAACCUGGCAACUGUUGCGCGCGGAGCCCCCAAGGGUUCCGACAUGAGUGCCCUCCUCGCGGAAACCGAAGGCUAUGAACAGCUGUUUGUCAGGCGAGUGGAUCACUCGUUCUGGUAUAACAAGCACGAUCUGCCCGAAGGAUUUUCCGAUGCUGAGGAAGAAGCAGGUGAGCCGGAGUAUUACGGGGAAGGAUCCGGGUCAAGCGGCGAGCAUUCUGGAGAGGGCUCUGGUGGCGGCUCCGAAGCCGGAUCUGGUGACAGUGAUGAUGGCUCCAACUACCAGCAGUCUGAGGAGGAGGACUCCGAGUAGAGCUCCUGUUUAAAAACAAU